CGGUUAUCCCUUGUAAUUUGGAUGAAUGCUUGAUCUAAAAUCUAAACUGACUUACAAGUUAUAAGACUCCUUCGGGUAAAACCCCGCGAAACAGGCAGGGUGAUGGCGUCAGGUCUACAAGAUUCUAAGCAGCAACAAAUACCAGUGCAAAGGUUACAAAUUUAUUCAACUAGAAAUACUGGAGUGUCCCCCUUCUGGAGAGAGAAGUAUGAAAGAGAAGCCAAAAAGUAUUGGGAUGUGUUCUACAAGCGGCACCAGGACAGGUUUUUCAAAGAUCGGCACUACUUGGAUAAGGAGUGGGGCAGCUACUUUUCUGGAGCUGGAAGGAAAGUGAUUUUGGAGGUCGGUUGUGGAGCGGGAAAUACUAUAUUCCCUGUGAUUGCGUCAUACCCAGAUGCUUUUGUUUAUGCAUGUGAUUUCUCACCACGAGCUAUUGAGCUGGUUAAGACACACAAAGAGUUUGAGGGGUCGCGUGUUAGUGCUUUUGUCUCUGAUUUGACAGCUGAUGACCUGUGCAAGCAGAUCUCUCCAUCUUCAGUUGAUAUUGUUACCAUGAUAUUUAUGUUAUCUGCAGUGUCACCAGAAAAGAUGCAUCAAGUGUUGCAGAACAUUAGAAAGGUUAUCAAGCCAAAUGGUUAUGUGCUGUUUCGAGACUAUGCUACUGGAGACCUCGCUCAGGAAAGAUUCUCUGGCAAGGAUCAAAAGAUUAGUGAUAAUUUCUACGUUAGAGGUGACGGCACUCGAGCGUACUAUUUUUCAAAUGAAUUUUUGACAAAUUUAUUCAAAGAAAAUAGUUUUAAUGUUGACGAACUUGGUGUAUGCUGCAAACAAGUGGAGAACCGCUCAAGGGAGUUGGUGAUGAAUAGGCGUUGGGUGCAAGCUGUGUUCCGGAUCUCAGAUGGUGCUAACUCUUCCUAUAGUAAGAAAGCUAGUAAGGAAGCUGAACCAAAGGCCAAUUGUCUUGAUUCUGAGGAAGUCAAGGAAGAUAAUGUAAGGGGGCACGUGAAUGGCUCUGCCAUUGACUUGUCUGAGGGUUUGGCAGUUGAUAUGUUUGGAGUCUCACCUUCAAGCAAGAAUGAGAUUAUUGAGGUCAACGUCAGAGGGUCGAAUUUUCAGAUCAGUGUGCUUUCAAAGGAGUACCAACACACCUGCAAAUCAACAGGGUUGAUGCUGUGGGAAUCCGCUCGAUUGAUGGCUUCCGUCCUGGCAGAAAAUCCCAAUAUUGUUGAAGGGAAGCGAGCUUUGGAGCUUGGGUGUGGUUGUGGAGGUAUCUGCUCAAUGGUUUCUGCUAAAUAUGCUGACCUCAUAGUCGCCACUGAUGGAGAUGCUUUUGCUCUUGAACUCCUUGCCAAAAAUGUUGUGUCUAAUCUUCCGCCACCACUGCUUACUAAACUAGUCACCAAGAGACUCGAGUGGGGAAACCGGGAUCAUAUUGAGGAAGUGAAGGAAGUGAGUAAUACAGGCUUUGAUGUCAUUGUGGGGACGGACGUGACAUACAUUCCUGAAGCUAUAUUGCCUUUGUUUGCAACCGCAAGUGAGUUGAUUGCUUCCAGUGGAAGCAGUAAAGAUAACAAGGAGCCUGCACUAAUUCUUUGCCAUGUUUUCCGACGAGUAGAUGAACCAUCGCUACUCUCAGCUGCAGGGCAAUAUGGUUUCAGAUUAGUGGACAGGUGGCCUGCUAGAGAUUCAACUUCCCAAAGCAUUAUCAACGACUGGUUCCUAGAUAAUGGUUUAAAGGAUGAUCUUCCAAGUACGGCAUUGAAUAUCCUGCUCUUCCACAAAGAUUGAAAUGAAAAUUGGUAUCCUUUCUUCAAUUCAAGAUGGUUUCUUUCACUCGCUCCUUCCCUAAGAUGCCAGAAGUAAAAUGUAAGUUCGUGCAGCAAAAGGCGGGUAGUACUUUGUUUGGGCUCAUUUUUUUAAGACUGUUACGUAGCUACCACAGAUAAUGUUUUGAGUUAUAAAUUUAUGUUCUGGUUGACAAAUGGAUCUGAACGGCAGAAGCUGGCCUGCAGACUGGAAUUGUUCUUCAUCUUACGUUGUCGUUAUUUUUUAUUUUUUAUUUUU